AUGGUAACGCAGAAAAAACGACCGUCGGCGUCGUCGAAUUGGCUUGCGCUUCAGAAGAAAUUACCUAGCUCAACAUCCCACGAACAGCCCAGAAAGCGGCGGAAGACAGCGCAUUCCCGGUCUCCCAGUGUCAACUCAUUUGCCUCACUUGCGAUUCCUGAAGAAAUGCCAGAGCAUCCGCCACCUUCAACUUCAACUUCAGAUUUGAAGAAUGGGGAAUCGCUGUCUGCUCUGCGACGUAUGGUCGCAGGUGAGGUCACGUAUACUGAUGCGCAGAAAAUGCCAGGCAAAUACCUCUCGAUAGAUUGCGAGAUGGUGGGUAUAGGCAUUGAUGGGUCCGAGUCGUCGUUGGCACGGGUGACGGUGGUUAAUUUCUAUGGGGCGGUGCAGAUGGAUGAGUUUGUGAGGCAGAAGGAAAGAGUGGUAGAUUAUCGGACGCGGUAUAGUGGAAUACGUCCAUCGGAUAUGGUCAGAGCAAAACCGUUCGAGGAGGUGCAAAAACAGGUAUCGGACUUGCUGCAGGAUAGGAUAUUAGUGGGACAUGCAGUAUACAACGAUUUGAAGGUUCUCCUUCUCUCACAUCCACGAAGUCAACUUCGCGAUACGCAGUAUUAUGCUGGAAAAUUCAAGGUGGUAAAAAGCCGUUUUGUCGCUCUUCGAAAUCUAGUAAAGCAGGAGCUGGAUAUAACUAUACAGGAUGGAGAGCAUUCAAGUCUGACUGAUGCGCGAGCGACGAUGGCGGUUUACCGGUUGCAUCGUAAAGAGUGGGAAAAGGGCACCGUGCAGAAGAAGCCUGAGGGCAAGAAGCGGAAGAGACAGGAUGCCAACAAUGAGGAGGUACAGGUGGAUGCGUUCCCCGGCGGUGGGAGGAAGGGUGUGAGUUCGGGUUUGGCAACGGUGGUUCGACGUAAAGAUGAGGGCGGCGGCUCAAAGAAGACGCAGUGGUGGAAAGAGCUUGGUGCAGGCGCUAGUGGCUCGAAGGGAAGUAUGAAGGUUUGA